AUUCACAAAAUCCCAUCUUCCUCUGCUCGCUGAUACGGGAGUAUCGCUUUCGCUAUCUCAAUGCCCAUCUGAAACAAACGUAGAGGCGCAACAUCGGGAUUCCCCAUUGAGUCAAAAUGGAAGACGCCUACAUUCGCUCUGCGCAAGAUGCGCUGGGCCACUUUAACGUGACAGAGCAUGCUGGUCUCAUAGACGAACAAGUCGAAACUCAGAGGACCCUCUUUGGCCGCAAUGCCUUGCCAGAAGAUCCUCCGACGCCUCUCUGGGAGCUUGUUCUAGAGCAAUUCAAGGACCAGCUAGUUAUCAUCCUGCUCGGUUCUGCCGCAGUGUCAUUCGCGUUAGCUUUGUUCGAGGAAGGCGAUGAUUGGACUGCCUUUGUUGACCCAGUCGUGAUCCUGACAAUCCUCAUUCUCAAUGCCAUUGUUGGAGUUUCACAGGAAAGCAGCGCCGAAAAGGCUAUUGCUGCUCUUCAAGAAUAUUCUGCCAACGAGGCCAAAGUCACCCGGAAUGGUGCCCUCAAACGAGUCAAGGCCGAUGAUCUAGUGCCGGGAGAUAUCAUUUCAGUUGCUGUGGGAGACAGGAUUCCCGCAGACUGCAGGGUUCUUUCUAUCCAGAGCAACAGCUUUAGCGUUGACCAAGCCAUUUUGACAGGCGAAAGUGAGAGUGUCGGAAAGGAUGCGACAGCUAUCACCGAUAAGCAAGCAGUUAAGCAGGAUCAGGUCAAUAUGCUUUUCUCGGGAACGACAGUCGUCACCGGCCAUGCAACCGCGCUGGUCGUGCUUACUGGAAGCACCACCGCGAUUGGCGACAUCCACGAGAGUAUUACUGCGCAAAUCUCUGCUCCCACUCCGCUUAAGCAAAAGCUGAACGACUUUGGUGACCUGUUGGCCAAAGUUAUCACGGUCAUCUGCAUUAUCGUCUGGCUCAUUAACGUUCGGCAUUUCAAUGAUCCCUCUCACGGAGGCUGGACCAAGGGAGCAAUCUAUUAUCUUAAGAUUGCUGUUUCUCUUGGAGUUGCUGCCAUUCCUGAGGGUCUCGCCGUUGUCAUCACCACUUGUUUGGCACUCGGUACCCGCAAAAUGGCGGGAAAGAAUGCUGUAGUCCGUAGCCUCCCGUCCGUGGAAACUUUGGGAAGCUGCAGCGUCAUCUGUUCUGACAAGACCGGAACUUUGACCACCAAUCAAAUGAGUGUCAACAAGAUUGUGUACCUGAAUGAAGCCGCGACGGGGCUGGAAGAGAUCGACGUGGAGGGUACAACAUUCGCCCCUGACGGCAAAUUAACAGCAAACGACAGGAUUCUAGAACAUGUUGCGGCAUCUUCUUCUACGCUCCUUCAACUGACCGAAGUGGCUGCGCUCUGCAACGAAGCCCAAAUCGCAUAUGAUCCCAAGACUGCAACGUACAGUUGUGUCGGCGAGCCGACCGAGGGCGCUCUUCGUACCCUGGUUGAGAAGAUUGGUACUCCUGAUGUUGCGUUCAAUCAAGCAAGCGAAUCUGCACGCGUUCACCGUGCGAGCAAAUAUUACGAGGAUUCUUACCCUCGUCAGGCAAUCUAUGAGUUCUCGCGCGACCGCAAAAGCAUGUCAGUUUUGAUUGGCAGCGACGAUCAUCAGCGCCUUCUUGUGAAGGGUGCCCCGGAAUCUGUAAUCGAUCGAUGCUCGCACGUGCUCGUUGGCUCCAAUGGCAAGAAGGUGCCUCUAAAUGAGAAACUCAGUUCACUUCUGUCUGACGAAGUGAUCGAGUAUGGUAAUCGGGGCCUGAGAAUCAUUGCUUUCGCUGCAAUCAAUGACAUGGCACCCAACCCUCUCCUACAUACCGCACGCACAAGCAAAGAAUAUGCACAACUCGAGCAGAACAUGACCUUGAUCGGUCUUGUCGGCAUGCUGGAUCCUCCCCGUCCUGAAGUUGCCGAGUCCAUUCGGAAGUGCAAAGAAGCUGGCAUUCGCGUCAUUGUCAUUACUGGCGAUAAUCAAAAUACGGCAGAAUCCAUUUGCAGAAGUAUCGGCAUCUUUGGCGAAGACGAGAACCUCCAUGGAAAGAGCUUCACUGGCCGUGAUUUUGACUCUUUGACCGAAACCGAGCAAUUGGCUGCGGCCAGGACCGCGUCCCUUUUCUCUCGUACUGAGCCUGGCCACAAGUCAAAGCUUGUCGAUCUUUUGCAAUCGAUUGGUGAAGUUGUCGCCAUGACUGGCGACGGCGUCAACGAUGCGCCUGCAUUGAAGAAAUCUGAUAUUGGCGUUGCAAUGGGCUCAGGAACCGAUGUUGCCAAAUUGGCCGCAGACAUGGUUCUCGCUGACGACAAUUUCGCGACCAUUGAGGCUGCUGUCGAGGAAGGACGCUCCAUUUUCAACAACACGCAGCAAUUCAUCCGCUACUUGAUCUCAUCCAACAUUGGUGAAGUCGUGUCCAUCUUCUUGACCGCUGCCGCAGGAAUGCCAGAGGCUCUCAUUCCGGUCCAACUUCUGUGGGUCAAUCUCGUGACGGACGGUCUUCCUGCCACUGCACUCUCCUUCAACCCUCCGGACCACGACGUCAUGCGACGCCCACCCCGAAAGCGAGACGAGGCUCUUGUCGGUGGGUGGCUCUUCUUCCGUUACAUGGUUAUUGGCACAUAUGUUGGCGCCGCCACUGUCUUCGGUUACGCCUGGUGGUUCAUGUUCAACCCCGAGGGUCCUCAAAUCAGCUUCUACCAAUUGACGCACUUUCACCAGUGCAGCCUCCGCUUCCCUGAGAUUGGUUGCGACAUGUUCUUCAACGACAUGUCUAAGUCGGCCUCAACCGUGUCUUUGUCCAUUCUUGUGGUUAUUGAGAUGUUCAACGCCAUGAAUGCGCUGUCUUCUAGCGAGUCGCUCCUCACGCUUCCUCUGUGGAAUAACAUGCCCCUCGUCUACGCCAUCAUGUUGUCAAUGGCCCUGCACUUUGCUCUGCUGUAUAUUCCUUUCUUGCAGGGCUUGUUCUCCAUCAUCCCCCUUAAUUGGACGGAGUGGAAGGCAGUGCUCUACAUUAGUGCCCCUGUCAUCGUCAUUGACGAAAUCCUCAAAUUCCUCGAGCGAGCCUUUUUCCUCGCCAAACCAUCCCGCAUCGAGCCUCGGCCGAAGAAGGAUUAAGCCGUUUGUAAAACCAUACAUGGCUUUACAUUCUCGUUCUUCUUUCCCCCAUUACCCUAUCAACAUCUCUUCCCAGCAUGUCCAUCAUGUUUUCUUUCCCUCCCCUUUCCUUACCUUUUCUGUUACCUCGGUUCUUACACUUUUCCGCCGCCCCCACUUUCCGUUCCAUUCUUGGGAUACCACAUUUUAGAUGUCUAGAGCAAAAGAAAAUCGUUGCAGAGCAUGGAGAAUACUGGCACAGUAGCGCAAAGAUGAGAAAGAGAAGAGACUAAAAAAAAAUCGAUUGCUCCUUGCAUAUACAUAUUCCUUAAAACUGCUAAAAGGCGAAGCGUAGCUUUUCCCCUGCCCUUCCGCUUUUUUCUUAUUGCAUGUAUAUACUUUCACUUUCUACAGUAUUUUUUCUUGAAGUUUAAAGUUUACUUUUGUAAGAAAGACAAAUACAAUAAAAUACUAUUGAUUCAUGA